AUGCUUGGUGACUGGUCAUGUCGCCAUGUUGAAAAUAAGGCUGGCCGGCUUCCCUUCCUUGGAAGAUACCAUCAGGCUCCAAGAUGCUUGGAGGAUGACUAUGAAGUCACAAACACUGUGCUUGGGACUGGCGCAAGCGGAGAUGUUCUCUUGGGGAAGUGUCGUGUGCAGCCUUCUCGACAAGUGGCAAUCAAAACCGCUAGCCUAAAUGGAAUUCUACCUGACAAACUUGAGGAUCUCAAGUCAGAGCUGAAGAUCCUUCUUUGCCUGGAUCACCCACAUGUGGUCCGCCUUCUAGACGUGUAUGUGAGUGACGACAAACUGGACAUAGUCAUGGAGUGUAUGCAAGGAGGUGAGCUCAAACGGUCCAGAACGAGACCUCAGAUGGAUGAAGAAGAGGCAGCGCGCCUUCUUCGCCAGAUGCUAUUGGCUUUGAGCUAUAUGCAUAGUCAUGGUGUCAUUCAUCGGGACCUGAAACUCAGCAACUUCAUGUACAGUCGAGACAGGCAAGUCUUGAAGCUGAUCGAUUUUGGAUUGAGCAAGUUCUACAAUCGCCCAGCUGUGGCUUGGCAACAUCCAGUGAUGCGCACCUGCUGCGGGACGCUGGGAUAUGUUGCGCCGGAAGUUUUUGAUGCUGCUUACACCAGUCAGUGCGACUUGUGGAGCUUGGGCGUGAUCGUGUAUUUGCUAUUGUCAGGGGAAAUGCCCUUUGUUGACACGAAUGAAGAUGUGCUGAUCGCCAAGACGCAGCAGGGAGAGUAUUCAAUGAACCCAGAUAUUUGGAUGGGUUUGUCCUUGGAAGCUACUGAUUUUACCCAGGCGCUCUUGAGAGUGGACCCUGAGAAGCGAAUGACUGCAGAGGAGGCGUUGCGGCAUCCCUGGCUCAAGGCCUCUCUUCCUCCAACAGUCAAGGAUGUGUCCCAGUCAAUCCUCGAGGAUUUGGGUCACUUUGCGGAGCAGACACCCUUGCGCCGGUGCUUUAGGCGGUUGAUGGCCAUUGGCUUGGAUGAUGAACAAACGCAUGAGCUGCGAGAGGCCUUUCUGGAUAUGGACAUUCAUCAUCGUGGGAAGAUUACAGCUGCAGAGUUGGAAAAGAUGCUGACUCAAAAGCUUGAGUGGGAUCCAGAUAAAGCCAAAGAUGCCACAAGAGCAUUGGAUUUCACUGGAGAUGAUUCCGUUCAUUUUUCCGAAUUUUUGGCAGCGACUUAUCCAACCUAUAAAUCAGAGGAUUCUCUCUUGAGAGCAACAUUUAGGAGGCUUGACCGUGAGGCCAAAGGGCACAUCAGCAUUGAUGACAUUCAUGCGUUGGCCGGCUGGAGAGAGCUAAGAGCUGAUCCAGCAGGAAGGCUGCUGGAGUGGCUUCAAGCGUCAGGAGGCCGCCGCAUUCAUUUUCCGCAGUUCAAAGCAUACCUGCAUGGUGAGCCGGAUUUUCCUCAAACCCCAGUGAAGAGUUGCUGCUGUGUACAAUGA